AUGCUGUGCUUCCUUCUGGAAGGCCAGAAAUUCCUUGAGAGGUACGAGCAUGACCAGCAUUAUAAGUUGUUAUACGACAGUGUUUGUGAUUUUUUUGUGGAGAACCUCAAGUCUGAUAUUGAAAAAUUGAAGCGGCAGAAAUUAAAGCAUCCUGAUAUAUACCCUGGUAUGGAUAAUCUCUUCGGCCGGAAUAUAAGCAUGGCCGGAUAUUCUUAUUUUGACUACCCAAACAUGUGCCCCAUUUCGAUGUUCCGAAGCAUUGCUGUGAAGCUUUUCCCUCGAGAAUCAGACCCGGAAUUCCAAGGUCUUGAAGAAGCUGAUUACAAGGGUAGAGUUUGGUCACAGCUCUUUGAAGUUUUGGCCCCCUUGGCUCACGCCUGCGGCACUCAAUACGAAUAUCGUGAUCCAAUAGAGCCGCCUGCUCAUAAGACGUAUUUGGAGCGCUUGAAAGCAGAAAAGUCCAAGCUUCGGGCCGACGCUUUGCUUCACACCAGAUCAUAG